CGUCCAAUCUUCUUGGUCGAACUAUCUAACGGUAUAUCAUCAGCUUCCUCCAAAUCAAUAUAUACUUACACAAAUUACAACUAUACAAACCAUUCAACAAAUUUUCAUAAAUUAUUAUGAUCAACAGUCUCUCUACAUCUUGAACCCAGAAAAAUUUAAUUGAGUGAAAGAAGAGAAACGAUGUCGUUUGGGUCAUCUUUAGCAAGUUCUCAAUCUCUUACACUCUUCUCCAAAUCUUUCAAUGGACAACAUAGGCGGGCCCACUUCCCUUCUCCUUCUUCCCGUUUCAGGGCUUCUGCUGAUGUCCCUGAUUUUCUUUCUGCUGAUUGGCUUGAAGCUCGCAAGAAGAGGCCUUUUGGUCCAACAAUAAAUUUUAGUGCAGAGGAAGCUGUUAGCCACCAGCUUGAUGCUCUGAAAUACAAUGAUCAGCCUUAUCAAGAUUACGGGAUCGAGGUUAUGUAUAGGUUUGCUGGAUUUGAUCCUUUUGAGAGAUCUACUUACUUCGGACCACACUUUGAUUUAGGACAGUUUGAGCGCUUCAGGCGAAUUUUUCAUCAUUCAAGCUAUCGGGUGCUGCUCGGCCACAAAGAAAGGAAAAUACUGAGCAGCUUAUGGGUUAAAGAGAAUCGAUUCAAGCAACGAGUCUGGGUGCAAGGAACUCGUCCUGCCGAAGAAGAGAUAUUUGAAUUCACAAUGCUUCAGAGGCUCGGUGGUAGCUGGGAUGGUUAUUGGCUCACCGAGAGUGUACAUCAUGACGGAGACAGUUUCUCCAGUGGUAUGGCUUACUGAAGAACCCUUUCUAGACAUGGGCGCCAGUCUCGAUUACUACAAAAUGAUUCAAGUCUUGACCACACAUGGAAUAUGAUGAUGUCCCAACUUCAGAAUUUGUACAUAUAAAGGUUCAAAAUGUUAACUUGUUCAUAUUACUUGUGCUUGUAAAUGGUUACUCUGUAUAAGUCAAUAGUUUGGGAUUUUCCCUAUUCAAUCAUCUGUAAUCAUCUGAGACUUCAUGUAUUUAUAUAUUUUUGAUUAUAGUGCUGAA